UUAUUUGUACUAAUACACUCUGUUCUUGCACCUUUUUUACGGCUGAGCUUCUUAUGUUUGAAACGCGGGAGACGAAAAAAAAAAUAUCUUCGUUGCCUUUUGGCCUUACCUGAUCUUAUUUUUUCAUUCCUUUGCAAAUCAAAUUUGGAAGUUUUUGAUCUCUGCUUCAAACAGUUCUUAGCAAAAAAUGGGGUAUAUAGGAUCACAUGGUGUACAAGCUUUGAAAAGAUACAAAUACAGUGGUGUGGAUCACUCUUACCUUGCUAAAUAUGUAUUACAACCCUUUUGGAGCCGUUUUGUUAAUUUCUUCCCUCUUUGGAUGCCACCAAACAUGAUAACACUUACAGGAUUUAUGUUCUUGGUUACCUCAGCAGUGCUUGGCUAUGUUUAUUCCCCUCACUUGGAUUCACCUCCACCAAGAUGGGUUCAUUUCGCUCAUGGUUUACUUCUAUUUUUAUAUCAGACUUUUGAUGCUGUCGAUGGGAAGCAAGCAAGAAGAACAAACUCCUCUAGUCCCCUUGGAGAACUUUUCGACCAUGGGUGCGAUGCGCUUGCAUGUGCGUUUGAAACCAUGGCCUUUGGGAGCACUGCUAUGUGUGGAAGGGACAGUUUCUGGUUCUGGGUAAUUUCAGCUGUUCCAUUUUACGGAGCUACAUGGGAACACUAUUUCACCAAUACGCUGAUCCUUCCCGUAGUUAAUGGGCCAACUGAGGGUCUUGCUCUGAUAUAUGUAAUGCACUUUUUGACAGGAUUUUUGGGUGCCCAAUGGUGGGUUGAACAAUUCGGAAGAUCCAUACCCAUCUUCAGUUGGGUACCUUUUCUUAAUGAAAUUCCGACAUACAGAGUUGUGCUGUAUAUUAUGAUAGCAUUUGCUGUUAUACCUACUGUCGGCUGCAAUAUACAAAAUGUCCAUAAGGUCAUUCAGGCUCGAAAAGGAAGCAUGUUACUCGCAUUAGCAAUGCUUUAUCCUUUCGUUGUACUCAUGGGAGGAGUGCUUAUUUGGGAUUAUUUGUCGCCCUCAGAUAUAAUGAGAAAUUACCCACACUUGGUUAUACUAGGAACUGGACUUGCAUUUGGGUUCCUUGUGGGACGGAUGAUUUUGGCUCACUUGUGUGAUGAACCCAAAGGACUAAAAACAAACAUGUGCAUGUCGCUCUUGUAUCUUCCAUUGGCAAUUGCAAAUGCUCUUACAGCUAGGCUGAAUGAUGGUGUUCCUCUAGUUGAUGAUUUUUGGGUUCUUCUUGGUUACUGCGUAUUCACGGGAUCGCUCUAUUUACACUUUGCCACAUCGGUUAUUCAUGAAAUUACGACAGCUUUGGGAAUUUAUUGCUUCAGGAUAACUAGGAAAGAGGCUUGAAUAUCAACAAUGGGUGAUCAAAGGUUUCCUCAAUGCCGAACCAGUUCACAACUUUUGUUCCGGCAGAACAAGAAACGCUGCUGCUGAAGUGAUUCGGGUAUUUUGUAUCGAUGACUGCUGUAGCUCAUCAACAUUGUUAUAACUGUUUUGUUAGAAACAGGAAAGGAAAAUUUAGAUAUGCAAAACUCUUCAAUCUAUGACUUUUGGUGUAUGAGUGAUUCAUUUUAUGAAAUCAAAGUUUUUGAA